AUGCUUAUCUAUGAAGGAAACGGAGCUCUGUCCAAUUUUAGAAAAGAGCUGCUAUUGACUGAACUCAAGACUAGAGUACCACGUAUAUCCAAUGUCGAAGCUGCCUACAUCCACUUCGUAUCCACCACUGAUGCAUACCCUGCUGAUGCUGACUCGACUGAAGCUCGUCAAAUCGAAACGACAUUGCAGGCUUUAUUGAGGUAUGGUGAUGCACCUCCUCUAACAACUCCGAUAGUCCCCAAAACCACAACCAGUCUCGAAUCUCCUGCUAAGCGAGCUCGUCUGACUCGCUCGGCAUCGGGUCGCGGUGCUACUGCCAACGGAACUAGCACAGCUGCAAAACUUACAGGUGUCGACACUAUACUAGUAGUACCACGUCCUGGAACCAUCUCGCCUUGGUCUUCAAAGGCUACCGAUAUAUCUAGAACGUGUGGCUUGGGCGACGUCGUAAAGAGAAUCGAACGUGCUUUGGCAUAUCUCGUCUAUACCACUGACAAGAGUACUUUGACCGCUGAUGAGUUGACCUCCAUCGCUGAUCUGUUACACGACCGUAUGACGCAGGUGGUAGUUAGAGGGCUGCCAGAUUCGGACUCUAUCUUUAAGAAGGGUACACCGUCACCACUCAAAAGUGUUGACAUCAUGUCUGCCAAGACACCUGAAGCUGGUGCCAAGACGCUGUCAAAAGCCAACAAGGACUGGGGUCUAGCUUUAGCAGAAGAUGAAAUCGAAUACCUCAUUCUUGCGUUCAUGGGUACAAAAGCAGAACCAGGUCUGGCUCGAAACCCAACUGACGCCGAACUCAUGAUGUUUGCUCAAGUCAACUCGGAGCAUUGUCGUCAUAAAAUAUUUAGAGGCUCCUGGACUAUAGAUGGUGUUGACAAGGACUUGUCUCUCUUUGACAUGAUUCGAAACACGUAUAAACUCAACCCUUCACGCGUCCUCUCUGCAUACUCUGACAAUGCUUCUGUAUUGACUGGCCCCAUGGGUGAACGAUUCGCUGCUGAUCCAACUCAGCACUAUGCAUACUUGACAAACCAAGAAGCUCUACAUGUAUUAGCCAAAGUAGAAACCCAUAAUCAUCCAACAGCUGUGUCUCCAUUCCCUGGUGCUUCCACUGGAUCUGGUGGUGAAAUCCGUGAUGAAGGUGCUGUAGGUCAAGGAUCUGUACCUAGAGCUGGAUUGACUGGAUUUACAGUCAGCAAUCUCCUCAUUCCUGGCUUUACUCAGCCUUGGGAAGCCAAUGAUCCAGGUCGACCUGCUCACAUCGCAUCAGCCUUGGAAAUCAUGACCAAAGGACCAUUAGGAGGUGCUGCUUUCAAUAAUGAAUUUGGUCGUCCUGCUAUCACUGGUUACUUUAGAUCGUAUUUGCUCAAUGUACCUUCGAUUACUGCUGAUGGUAAACCGUCCACCGAAUGGCGUGGAUUCCAUAAACCUAUCAUGCUUGCUGGUGGUGUAGGUGUAGUCCGUGAAGGUCAUAUUAUGAAGAAGAAAAUUACGGUUGGUGCUAAACUUAUAGUACUGGGAGGUCCUUCCAUGUUGAUUGGUUUGGGUGGUGGUGCUGCGUCAUCCAUGACUUCUGGUACGAGUUCUGCUGAUCUGGAUUUUGCUUCAGUCCAACGUGAAAAUCCAGAAAUUGAACGUCGUUGUCAGCAGGUCAUUAAUGCUUGCACAGCUUUGGGAGAUGCAAAUCCUAUUAUAUCAGUACACGAUGUAGGUGCAGGAGGGUUAUCAAACGCUCUACCUGAACUCGUACAUGAUUCAGACCUGGGCGCUGAAUUCUAUCUUCGAGACAUUCCAUGCGAUGACCCAUCAAUGAGUCCUAUGGAAAUCUGGUGUAAUGAAUCUCAAGAACGAUAUGUCGCUGCUGUAGCUCCAGAAAAUGUAGAAACAUUUGCUGCUAUUGCUCGUCGUGAGAGAUGCCCAUAUGCUGUUGUUGGUACAGCUACUGCAGAACACCGUCUUCGUCUAGUAGAUAGUUUACUCAAAGGCACGCCAAUCGAUCUACCCAUGGAAACUCUAUUUGGCAAACCACCGAAAAUGCACCGUAUUGCCCAAACUCUCCAUCCAGAACGUACUCCUAUUUCCUUACCCACUGAAUCGAGUCUAGAAGAUGCCGUAUACCGUUUACUCCGAUUACCCACCGUAGCUUCAAAAUCCUUUUUAAUUACCAUUGGUGACCGUACCGUAACAGGUUUAAUUGCCAGAGAUCAAAUGGUCGGACCAUGGCAAGUACCUGUAGCUGAUGUAUCUGUUACUUUGGCCGACUUUGAAGGAUAUCACGCUGAAGCAAUGUCGUUGGGAGAACGACCACCAUUAGCUUUACUCAGCCCAGCGGCGUCAGGUCGUAUGGCUGUUGCUGAAUCUUUGACCAACAUGGCUUCAGCUCAUGUGGAGAACCUGGCAGAUAUAAGAUUAAGUGCCAAUUGGAUGUCUGCUGCUGAUCAUCCUGGUGAAGGAUCAGCGUUAUAUGAAGCAGUCCAAGCUAUCGGUAUGGAUUUAUGUCCCAAAUUAGGUAUAAGCAUUCCAGUCGGUAAAGACUCCAUGUCUAUGAAGACCAAAUGGAAGGAUGGUGGUGAAGAUAAACAAGUCACAGCUCCAUUAUCAUUGAUCAUUACCGCUUAUGGACCAGUAUCGGAUGCUCGAAGGACUCUGACUCCAGAGUUACGUACAAAUGUUGGCCCAACUGUAUUGUUAUUCGUCGAUUUGGGUCUUGGUCAUCAACGUACUGGUGCCUCAUGUUUUGGUCAAGUAUAUAAUCAGCUCGGUGAUGCCGCUCCAGAUGUCGUAGAUGUUGAUGCUUUUAAAGCAUUCUGGAGUGCCAUGAAAACAAUAAGGUCUUCAACAGGUGUUGACCAUGAAAAUGGUGCCGUAUUAGCAUACCAUGAUCGAUCAGACGGUGGUUUGUUUAUCACGGUUGCUGAAAUGUGCUUCGCUGGUCAUGCUGGAGCAGUCAUUGAUAUAGCCAGUCUCGUAAAACCGAAAGCAUCACAUGACGAUAUUGCAGCUGCCUUGUUUAAUGAAGAAUUAGGAGCUGUAUUGCAAGUCAAGGAAUCAGAACUUGCUCAUGUAAAAAAAAUAUUUGAGACUGCUGGCUUCCCAAUCAAACAUCUGCAUGUAUUGGGUCAUGUCUCUGAACGUGGUGGUAGUGAUUUUAUUGAAGUCAAGUUGGGUGCUCAGACAUUGAUAAAGAAUAGCCAGGUUGAAUAUCAUCGUGCUUGGGCAGAAACGUCAUACCAUAUGCAGCACUUGAGAGAUAACCCAGCAUCUGCUGAUUCCGAAUUCAAUGGUCUGUUGGAUGCUCAAGAUCCUGGUAUCUCACCAGUAUUGACCUUUGAGCCGAGCACCAACGUUUGUUUCUCAUUAUUAAAGACACCAGUUGCUCGUCGUCCAUCAGUAGCCGUCUUACGAGAACAAGGUGUAAACGGUCAUGUCGAAAUGGCUCGAUGCUUUUAUAGAGUUGGCUUCAACGUAGUAGACGUCCACAUGACUGAUAUAUUGACUGGAAAAGUAUCACUAUCUAAUUUCUCUGGUCUAGCAUGUCCUGGUGGCUUCUCAUAUGGUGAUGUCUUGGGUGCAGGAUCAGGAUGGGCUAAAUCAAUUCUACUGAAUCCACAUGCCAGAAAGGAGUUUACCGAUUUCUUCAACCGAACCAAUGCAUUCACACUAGGAGUAUGUAAUGGAUGUCAGAUGUUGAGUGGCCUAAAAGAAAUAAUUCCAGGUGCUGAACACUGGCCACGAUUCCUUCGUAACGCUUCUGAACAAUUCGAGGCUCGAGUAUGCACACUAGAAGUACUACCAACCACAUCUCCAUUAUUACGUGGUAUGAAUGGAUCCCGUAUUCCAGUAGCAGUGGCACAUGGUGAAGGACGUGUAUCAUUCAACUCCCCCAAGGAUAUGACUAGCACUGUAACUCAGCAUGGUAUAUGUGUCCGAUAUGUCACCAAUUACGGAUCACCAGCAUCAGCAGAACAGUAUCCAAUGAACCCUAAUGGAUCGCCACUUGGUAUUGCAGGUGUAGUGGCUGCUUCUGGACGUGUAGUUGCCAUGAUGCCGCAUCCGGAACGUGUUGUAAGAAAUAUUGAAAACACGUGGGGUGUAGGAAGAUAUUCUUGGGCUGGUAGUGAUGUUGGUGGUUGGGCUAGGAUGUUUGAGAACGCUCGUGUUUGGGUUGAGGAGGUUGGGUAUUGA